UUGAAGUUAUUCUACUCCGUCAACAAUCAUCUGAAAGUUUGAUCUAUCUAGGAGCGCCCUUUUUGAAGCAUAUCGGCACAUUUUCGUGUUCCAUUUUCGGGGCUUUUCGUUACGUGUUCACGUAUGGAAUAUGGAUUCUGUUAAUACUCAAUCAUUACAAGAUAUACAGUCUUGCAAUUUAGUAGACAAUCAGGGGUUACCUAUGCGUCAGGUAAUAGAUGCAGAUGGUGUUUCUACCCAAAUGGUAGAUAAAUGUCAGAGGGUUAAAAUGUGGCAACAAACUAACUACCUUUCCGAUUCUGGUAUUCAUAGUGCUGUUGGAACACAUACACCAAGUAUCAGCAGCAAAAUGGGGGUCGAUGAUACUGAGGCAGAUGAUCGAUACUUUGGUCAGAAGCCUGGUCAUUUACCUCAUUGGUCGUCAACGUUCCCUUUGUCUGUAAACCCAUCGGACUCCUGCUUGCUUUCUCCGGCUACACCUAGUACCAGUAGCAUUUUGGGCGUUGACUCCUUAAGUGAUGUUGGUGGUUCUCAUUCGGCUAGUAAUGUCGAUUUACGAGGAAACAAACUGCCAGAAAUCGAUACAGAUGAAGCUGCUGGUGCUAUCCCAGAACUUGUUAAACUGAUCAAAGAUGAGGAUGAUCAAGUCAUUAUUUAUCAGUCAUCAAUGAUGGUUUUUCAACUGAGCAAAUCAGAAGCUAUCGAUGCUCUUAUAAAAUCAAGGGACAUGAUUGACUGCAUUAUAUCUGCUCUAGAUCGAACAGAAGAUCCAGAAACAGUUCGCUUCCUUGCUGGUACACUGUACAAUAUUUCUCAGAUGCAACCGGGACUGAAGGCAAUAUUUGCUGCACAAUGUAUCCCCUGUCUUGUUAAACUCCUGAAUUCACCAGUGGAAUCAGUCUUGUUUUAUGCAAUAACUACAUUGCACAACCUCUUACUUCAUCAAGACGGAGCUAAGGCAGUUGUAAGGCAAAGUGGCUGUUUGCAGAAAAUGACUACUUUGUUGCGCAAGAAUAACAUAAAAUUCCUCACAAUAUGUACAGACUGUUUACAGAUAUUAGCUUAUGGUCAUCAAGAAAGCAAACUGCAAAUUCUUUGCAGUGGGGGACCUGCGGAGCUGGUUCGCAUUUUACGGACUUACCAGUAUGAAAAAUUACUUUGGACUACUGCUCGAGUGUUAAAAGUCUUGAGUGUAUGUGCUUCUAACAAGCCAGCUAUAAUUGUUGCAGGAGGAAUGGAUGCCCUGGCAAAGCAUCUACACAGUUCUAGUCAUCGACUGGUACUAAACUGUCUCUGGGCGCUUCGUAAUUUAUCCGACGCAGCCACUAAAAUGGAUAAUCUUCAGCCUUUGUUGCACUCGCUGGUACGUCUAUUGGAUUGUGGGGAUAGUAGCAUGAUCACAUGCGCAGCCGGGAUACUCUCCAACCUCACGUGCAAUAAUCACGCAAAUAAAUUUGUUGUCUUUAAGAUGGGUGGUGUAGAAGGGCUUUUGCGCGCUGUUAGUCAACCUGUUGCUAAAGAGGAUAUUCUCGAGCCAUGUAUGUGCGCUUUGAGGCACUUAACAAGCCGUCACGAAGAAGAAGAGACAGCCAGACAUGCUAUUGUUCACGAGUUAAACGGUUUGCCAGUUAUUGCCCGCAUUUUACAUGCAGCGACGGCUGGUAUUUGUCCUGAUCUUGGUUUAGUCUGUCAACAUCCUCAGAACCCAGUGGUUUCAUGGAUGCUUGUGAAAGCGAUGGUUGGCUUACUGCGAAAUUUGUCCGUUAAUUUAGAUAGUCAUUUUGGAAUGCGGGAAUGCGGACUUGUUACGGGUUUGUUUUUACUGCUUUAUGCCACACAACAUGAGAUAAUAAAGCGUUCUGUUCCUGUUACUCCUCCAUCCCACCCAACCUUUUCGACGUUAGUUCAAAGCGUGAGACUGGAAGAAAUCGUGGAGGGAAUUUGCGGUGCACUUCAUAUGCUAGCAAAGGAUCAUGCUACUCGUUCAUAUUUAUCGCUCCUAAAGGCUCCAGCUUUGAGUAUAACACCCAGUAUUGAACCUGGUUCCUCUGGUCUCUCUAUCUUUGUCGAACUUCUCCACUCACCUCACGAAUCCAUUCAACGUGCUGCGGCUGGGGUCCUCGCCGAGGUUUCACAGGAUCGUGAUGGCCUUGAGGCACUGGCUACUUUACCUGGUGCAGGUCCAAGGUUUGAUGAGUUGGUUCGCUCUAGGAAUGAAGCCAUCUCAACUUACGCAUCUGCAGUGGUCAUUCGACUUGCGGAGGAACGUAGGGGUGUAGGCAGCAAUCCGUAUAUCUUCCCAUCUCAUAUUGAAUCACUUAACACACCACCUUUACCUAUGGAUACAGGAGAAGUUUACCACGUUCCUCCUGCCCAAUCUGUUCAUCCAGGAAAUACUUCCCAUCCUAGCGUACCUUCAUUUCCUUCUCAUGGAAGUUGGAACCAUCCCUCGAUACAAAGUCACCCUCAAGAACCGGGAAACACUUAUGGGAGCCCUCAGAACUCGUUGAUGGCCAUGCUUGGUCCGCUCCCAUCCGGUUGUAAGGGUUCCAUAUGCAAUGACUGCUGCUCUUAUUGGAACGAUUGUGGUCCUGCUGCGACAUGUUCUGAUCCAAACUGCAUUUAUAAUGCAAACAAUAAUAGUAGUAAUAAUAAUCAGCCCUCUGGAACCUACUCAGAGCUGCAACCAGUGAAAGUGUUUCACAAUAUCCGUCCACCAAGUCGUAUUGGGUUCAUGAGUUCUGGUGCUACUGCUUAUGCUAUGGGGCCAACGUUUCUGUCUCCAUCUGUUCAGAGUUUUGACAAUACAAAUCCACCACAAGGAAAUAAUUCUACUUUACAAACAGGGAUCUCUGUGAUACCACGUAGAUCAUGCGCUGGAAGUGUUAAUACAAGUGGGUAUCUAAGUCCUAGUGGUGACGUGUUUAUGAACCCUUCGCCGUCGGAAUACAAGCUACUUCAUCAAGAUAGCCAAGGACUUUUAAGGUCAUCUCGUUUGGAGCAAUCACAUGGCACUACGAAUUCCUCACCUGCAUUACCUUCGCAAAAUGUCAGUGCUGGUUAUCUUAGUCCUGACAUGAUGGUCUUAGAGGAAACGGAUUCUGACUGGUUAGGAGGUGCUGCCGUAAUGUAACGUUCUUUGGCGGCUUAAAUUAAUGAAUGUUAAUUCCUAGUUUUUUUUCGACUACCAAAUUGGUGCCUCUAAACCUUUAAGUUCGAAGAAAAGCAUACCACUUCUGUUGGAAUAAUACUUGCUUUAUUCUCAUUCUCCUACCUUGCUGUUAUACAUCCAUAGUCACUAAUCAACCUGUGGGUUUAUCACAAUAAGUUGAAAAAAAAUGGUAUCCUAAUAUUUGUUUGUUUUAAAUGCGCUUGUAUAUUUUUUAUUUUUCGACUUUCAGUGAAAUAUUCCAUUCUGGGUUACUUUUUCCUGUGGAAUAUAACUUUUAUUCGUCGCUGCAUUACUUAUAUAUAUGCUGCGGACGUUUUUCCUUUAGUCUUCUUCUCAUGACCAAUAUCAUGAAGUAACGUUCAACAUGGAGCAUUGAAAAUCAAAUAAUAUUAUAUUAUACUCCUAGGUAUUUUCCUUUUUUUUAAAAUGAAUCGUUGAUAUGAUAUGUGUUGUUGAUUUUAUAUUGUGUUCUACUGUCGUUUCAUUGUAAUUAAUUCACGAUAUGAAUGCAUUCGGUUACACUGAGUCACCUAUUCAUUGUAAUCGUACAUCAUUAUACUCUGAUAUUUUAUAGGACAAAUAAUUGAAAAGUAACUUUAUUGAUACGUUUUACUUUUGCUUCACAAAUAUUCUAGCGCCAUUAUUACCUCAUUCUCCAUCCUUUUUAUUGACCUACACACAUUUAUUCACUUUUCACAUUUACGAUAUUAUCAUUAUCAUUCAUAACUAUGAUGCUUUAAUUUAUUUUGAGUUUUAACUUAUGUUUUUGCUUUUUCUAUAAUUAUUAUUGUUGUUAUGAGUUCAUGAAAAGCACCUUUUUAUCACAUGUACACCAGUAUUUAAUAUGACUUAUUUACUCUUUUCUAUACUGCUUAUAUGACGAGUUUCUUAGUGAUUUCAAGGGUUCAGAGUAAUUCAAAUGGUGGAGUCUUAAUUUAAUUGUCUAAUGUGCUCAUUUCACUUACUUCGGUUUUGUUCCGAAUUGACGGUGCAUUAAAGUCAGUUUGUCAAACCGAUAUAAGAAAUAUAAUUGAAGGCAGAGCUUGUUUGUUUGAAAA